CUCUCGCCCUCUCUCCCCACACGCUCUCUGUAUCUCCACGCUAUCUUUUUUGGCCUUGUUUGCUUGUUGGUACCUCUUGAUGGAUAGAUCUUAAAUGAUGCCAAUAGCGGAGCAGUACAGUUUGCCCAACCUCCACCAGUUACUGAUGGCUGGAAAACCUCCCUUCCCGGCGGUCUCUCAUGGCCUUCCCGACCCUUUCUCGGCCCACCACCAGAGCCUCGUUGCCAGUCCCCAGCAUUAUGGGAUGGUACUUGUAGUUAGUAAGGGAGAGGAGAUGUCGUCUGCCCCUUAUCCUCCUCCUCCGCCACCUCCGCUGCUACCUCCUGGUUCCUCUGAAGAGCUCGGUGGUGUUGGUGCUGGAGGCGAGACCCAACGGAGGUGGCCGAGGCAGGAGACUCUUACCCUUCUGGAGGUCAGAGCCCGGUUGGAUUCCAGGUUUAGGGAAGCUGCUCACAAGGCUCCCUUGUGGGAUGAGGUCUCUCGGAUAAUGGCAGAGGAGAACGGGUACCAAAGGAGUGGGAGGAAAUGCAGAGAGAAGCUAGAGAACUUGUAUAAGUACUACAAGAAGACCAAAGAAGGGAAGGCAGGGAGACAAGAUGGGAAACAUUAUAGGUUCUUCAGACAGUUAGAGGCCCUCUAUGGUGGAAACAACAAUGCCAUCACAAACAAACCACUCCUCCAUGCUACAACUUCUUCCGCUACACAAGCAAACAAUGAACCUCUCCAAGCUCUCUACGAGAGCCUCGUCUUGUCAAAUUCCACCGAGUUUGGAAGUUCAUCAACUGAAGAAGAUGGCGGGGAGGAAGGGGAGGAUCAAAACACUAUUCUAGCAUUCCAAUCAAAUGAACUAGAUAUGGAGAAAGGCACGAGAUCAUUUAAGAGGAGUAGGAACAGCUGGCAGUCAAAGAUAAAGGAGUUUGUUGACAUUCAGGUUAGGAGAUUUAUGGAGGUCCAAGAGGCGUGGCUGGAGAAGAUGUUGAACACUCUUGAGCAGAUGGAGCAAGAAAGAAUCUCCAGGGAGGAAGCAUGGAGGAAACAAGAAGCAGCUCGACUAGAUCGAGAGUACCGGCUCUGGGCCAGCGAGAAGGCCUGGAUCGAAGCCCGCGACAGCGCAAUAAUGGAGGCAUUGGAGAAGAUUAGCCGGCGUGAAAUGAAGCCCCAGUUUCGGGAGUUCGCAUCCAUAGGCAUAUUGGAAGGUGAUGUCAAUCACAACGGGAUGGAGAGCGAAAUAGCACAUGGCAAUUUAAGCAGUAGGAGAUGGCUUGACUCCGAGAUCAUCGGUUUAAAAGCCAGCAUCAAGUCAAAACUCCAAGAAGGGGGGCACGCAAAGGGAGAUCUGUGGGAGGAGAUUUCGGCAGCAAUGGCUUGCUUGGGCUAUGAUCCAAGUUCUAAGGGGUGCAAAGAUAAGUUGGAAGAAAUUAAUGACUAUUUUAGGAAAACCAAGGAGUGCAACAAGAAGCGCAGAGAGAACAAACGGACCUGCCCUUAUUACAAAAAUCUCGAGUCUUCAGACGGCCAAAGAGGCAAGGAGGACUGUUAUGAGGAUGUCGGCCAAGCAGCAGAGACUGUUGAUCCACAGCCCAGUAAUGGAACUUCUAGUUCUAAUGGAGAUUUGAUUGGGUGUCUUGAUUGUUGCUUUCGCUUGCUGAUCAGUGAGAAAGAGUUUGUGGGUGAGCAAUGAUGCUUGGCAAACAGCUAGAGAUAAAGUAGUCAGCUGUGCAAUGUCUGUUUUAGAUGUACGAAAAACAAGAGGUAGCAAUUGGAAGGAUAAUUUGUAGGUUGAAUGCAUGAUUUUAA